AACUCAGUCCGCGUUUUGCUUAAUGAGCGGCCGCGGUAUAUUGCCGCGAGUGUGAAUUUCGACUUUGAUAAUUGAUUCGCGAAAUGCGGCGAUACCCUGCAGUACUGCUGCUCCUCAUCUCGUCGGUAGGAUCAAACUGCCAUCCAGUUGAGGAAGAUGCGGCGACCUACAUCGAUCCCGAUGGUCUGGCCAGCCUCAAAUGGGGCCCGAAUCUUCAGGGCCUUAAGCCCCUCCAGCUACCCCGCAACCUAUACCAUUCAAACUUGAGAGUAAAGAGGACAAUAAACUUAGGCGACGCUGUGAAGGAGCAAAAGCCCAACAAACCUUACCAAGCCUGCGUUGCACCGGGUGAACAAAAGGGACACUGCAGGCACCUCAGCAUGUGCGUCCUCGAUGAGUUUCGCUCAAACUCGCCGCGUUUCAUGGAAUACCUUUGCAUCAUCGAGCAAACUUACGUGGGAGUUUGCUGUCCGGACGGAACUGAAGUCGGAAAAAGCAGCACCCCGAAUACGGAGAGCAUCGCUGGGAUUCUGCCAGCUGUUGCCAGUGCGGACGACGAAGACUCGAUAUCAACCUCGUCCGAUAGCAUUGACGACGACCUGGAUCCGUCAACGGGGACGGUUGAUCCUAGUAAAAACGAGACUCAGGGCUCGGGGGCGACGAGGGCCUCGUUGCAGGUCCGCGGGCCUCGCGGAUGCGGGGUCAGCACCAAAUCAAGGACACGUAUCAUCGGAGGGCGACCCGCCGACCCCCAGGAGUGGCCCUGGAUCGCCGCGCUCCUCCGCAAGGAAGCUUCUCACUACUGCGGCGGAAUCCUGAUCACCGAUCGGCACGUCCUGACAGCCGCCCAUUGCGUCUAUCAGUUUAAGGCGAAGGAGAUCAAAGUGAGACUCGGGGAGUACGACUUCCGUCGACCGGACGAGACGAGGGCGCUGGAUUUCCGGGUUACGGAGAUCAGGCAGCACCUAGACUUCGACCCGAGUACCUACGAGCACGAUAUCGCAAUCGUCAAAAUCCACAGGCCGACCACAUUCAGCAGCUACAUAUGGCCGAUAUGCCUGCCUCCGGUUGGCGUGACGUUUGAGAACAAAAGCGGGAUUGUGAUCGGUUGGGGCACCCAGUUUUUCGGCGGACCGGCAAGUCCCGUGCUAAUGGAAGUCGCGGUACCGAUUUGGCCCCAGAAGAAAUGCGUCCGAACUUUCACCCAGCGAAUACCCGACACAGCGAUGUGCGCUGCUGCGUUUGAGGGUGGCCGAGACUCUUGCCAGGGUGAUUCCGGGGGCCCGUUGCUCCACCAAUUGGGAAAUGGAAGAUGGGUGAACGUGGGUAUCGUGUCGUGGGGUAUUCGCUGCGGGGAGCCAGGUCAUCCCGGUGUUUACACACGCGUCAACCGUUACCUGGAUUGGAUAUUUGCAAACGCUGUGUUUUAGCAAUGGCAUAAGAACGUGUUGUAGCUAGUCGCAAUCCUUUUUCUUUCUUCCUUUUCUUAAACAAUCUACAAUACAUACUUACUGAUAACAAUAUACCUUACAUAAAUAUGCCAAAGUAUUUUUUA